CUUCCUGUCUUUGGUGGCUUUCUUGAAGUGGCUCAGUGGUGCAUCCAGCUCCACAGUUUCUGCUCCCUCCAGCUAUGACUCACAGAGUUCUUCUGUUAACAGGCUUUCUCCUCCUUCCAGCCUUGGCUUUAUUAUGUCAUGGGUUCAACCUGGAUACUAAGCAUGCAACGCUAUUCCAAGAGAAUGCAGCGGGCUUCGGGCAAAGUGUGGUCCAGCUUGAGGGAUCCCGGUUGGUGGUUGGAGCCCCCCAGGAGAUAAAGGCUGCCAACCAAACAGGUGGCCUCUACCAGUGUGACUACAGCACGGGCAAGUGUGAGCCUAUCUCCCUGGAGGUCCCCCUGGAGGCGGUGAACAUGUCUCUGGGCCUGUCUCUGGCAUUUGCCACCAACCCUUUUCGACUGCUGGCCUGUGGUCCCACUGUGCACCAAACUUGUAAGGAGAACACCUAUGUGAAUGGCUUAUGCUUCCUGUUUGGAUCCAACCUACGGCAGCAGCCCCAGAGAUUCCCAGAGAGCCUCAGAGAGUGCCCUCGGCAAGACAGCGAUAUUGCCUUCUUGAUUGAUGGUUCUGGUAGCAUCAUCCAGAGCGACUUUCAGAAGAUGAAGGAUUUUGUCUCAACUGUGAUGGGUCAAUUCAAGAAAUCCAAAACCUUGUUUUCUUUAAUGCAGUACUCUGAAGACUUCCAGACUCAUUUCACCUUUAAUGAAUUCAAGAAAAACCCUAACCCAUCAUUGCUGGUGAAGCCAAUAAAACAGUUGCGUGGGCGGACACACACUGCCACAGGAAUCCGCAAAGUAGUAAGAGAAUUGUUUCAGAGCAGUAGUGGAGCCCGGGAGAAAGCCUUUAAGAUCCUAGUAGUCAUCACGGAUGGAGAAAAGUUUGGCGAUCCCUUGGAGUACAAGGAUGUCAUUCCUGAAGCAGACAAAGAGGGGAUCAUUCGCUAUGUCAUUGGGGUGGGAGCUGCUUUCAACAGUCCAAAAACUCGUGAAGAGCUUAAUACCAUUGCAUCAAAGCCUCCUCGUGAUUAUGUGUUCCGGGUGAAUAACUUUGAAGCUCUGAAGACCAUUCAAAACCAGCUUCAGGAAAAGAUCUUUGCAAUUGAGGGUACUCAGACAGGAAGUACCAGCUCCUUUGAACAUGAGAUGUCUCAGGAAGGCUUCAGUGCUGCCAUCACCUCUAAUGAUCUCUUGCUAGGUGCUGUGGGAAGCUUUGACUGGGCUGGUGGAGCUUUUCUGUAUGUGUCAAAGGACAAAUUCACCUUCAUCAACACAACCAGGGUAGAUUCAGACAUGAAUGAUGCUUACUUGGGUUAUGCUGCCGAAGUCAUAUGGAGGAGCAGGGUGCAAAAUCUGGUUCUUGGGGCACCUCGAUAUCAGCACACUGGCCUGGUGGUGAUGUUUAGAGAGAAUGCUGGUACCUGGGAGACCAACACUGUUAUCAAGGGUAGCCAGAUUGGCUCCUACUUUGGGGCCUCCCUCUGCUCUGUGGACAUGGACAAAGAUGGCAGCUCUGACCUGGUCCUUAUUGGGGCCCCCCAUUACUAUGAGCCGACAAGGGGGGGCCAGGUGUCUGUGUGCCCCUUGCCUCGGGGGCAGAGGGCUAGAUGGCAGUGUGAGACUGUUCUCCAUGGGGUGCAGGGCCACCCCUGGGGCCGCUUUGGGGCAGCCCUGACAGCGCUGGGAGAUGUGAAUGGAGACAAGCUGACAGAUGUGGCCAUUGGGGCCCCAGGAGAGCAGGAGAACCGGGGUGCUGUUUACUUAUUUCAUGGAACCUCAAGACCGGGCAUUAGCCCUUCCCACAGCCAGCGGAUUGAAGGCUCCCAGCUCUCCCCCACACUACAAUAUUUUGGUCAGUCACUGAGUGGGGGCCAGGACCUCACAAUGGAUGGACUGGUGGACCUGGCUAUAGGAGCUCAAGGCCAUGUACUGCUGCUUAGAUCCCAGCCUGUGCUGAGACUUGAGGUGACCAUGGAGUUCACACCCAAAGAAGUGGCAAGGAAUGUGUUUGAAUGUCGUGCAAAGGUGGUGAAAGGUCAGACUGCUGGGGAGGUUAGAGUUUGCCUUCGUGUCCGCAAGAAUACACGGGACAGGCUAAGAGAAGGAGAGAUUCAGAGCAACAUCACAUAUGACUUGGCUCUGGAGCCAACUCUCCCACAUCCCCGAGUUGUCUUUGAUGAGACAAAGAACAGCACACGCAGACAGACAAGAAUCUUGAAGCUGAAUCAAGAAUGUGAGACCCUAAAGCUACUGUUACCGUAUUGUGUAGAGGAUUCAGUGAACCCCAUCAUCCUGCACUUCAACUUCUCUCUGGUGGGGAAACCCUUGUCCUUAUUCGGGAACCUCCAGCCAGUGCUGGCUGUGGAUGCUCAGAGACUCUUCACAGCUUCGUUUCCUUUUGAGCAGAAUUGUGGCAGUGACAACAUUUGCCAUGAUGACCUUAGCAUCACCUUCACUUUUAUGGGUCUGGAUACCCUGGUGGUGGGUGGUCCCCGAGACCUGAAUGUGACAUUGACUGUGAGAAACCAGGGCGAGGACUCCUACAGGACUCAAGUUACCUUCUUCUACCCACCUGGCCUGUCCUAUAGGAGGAUGUCAGUGACCCAGAAGCAGCGCUCACAGCGACCAUGGCGCCUGACUUGUGAGUCUGAAGACUCCACCAAUGGGCCCGAAGCUUUGAAGAAUAGCAGCUGCAACAUAAGCCACCCCAUCUUCCCAAACUACUCAGAGAUCACCUUUAAUAUCACAUUUGGUGUGGAAUCUGAUGCUUUCUUUGGAAACAGACUACUACUCAAGGCCAAUGUGACCAGUGAGAACAACACAACUAAGACCAACAAAACUGAAUUCCAACUGGAGUUGCCUGUGAAAUACACUGUCUUCGUGGUGGUCACCAGCCAUGAAGUCUCCACCAAAUAUCUCAGCUUCAUAGCCUCAGAGAAGACCAGCCACAGUAUAAAGCACCAGUAUGAGGUCAACAACUUGGGACAGAGGAGCCUCCCCAUCAUUGUGGUCUUCUGGGUGCCUAUCAAGCUGAACCAGGUGGCUGUGUGGGACAACCUCCAGGUCACCCUUUCCCAGAACCUCUCCAGAACAUGCAACACCACGGAGAAUUCUCCCCCUCUCUCUGACUUCAUGGCAGAGCUUAAGAGGGCCCCAGUGGUGAACUGCUCCAUUGCUGUCUGCCAGAGAAUCCAGUGUGACAUCCCAUCCUUCAGCAUCCAGGAAAAAGUCAACAUUACCCUCCAAGGCAAACUCUCAUUUGACUGGUAUAUCAAGACUUCAGCAAACUACCUUCAGGUUGUGACCACGGCAGAGGUCUUGUAUGAUGAUUCGAAGUUUGCCCUGCUUCCAGGACAGGAGGCAUUUCUGAGGGCCCAGAUAGAAACCAAAGUGGAGCCAAAUGAAGUGCACAACCCUGUACCACUUAUAGUGGGCAGCUCAGUGGGGGGGCUGGUGCUUCUGGCCCUCAUCACCGCUGGACUGUACAAGCUUGGCUUCUUCAAACGGCAGUACAAGGACAUGAUGAGUGAAGCUGGUCCCAAUGCCCAGCCCCAGUAACAGCUCCUUCCCCAUUGAGUGGCAUCUCCUGCAGCAAGUAGGAUUCUGAAGUGAUGGCAGAUUUUGUGGGUGAAGAUAAAGGGAAAUGUAACAGAUCCUGUUCCUGCUGAAGGAAGCAAGACCUUCUUUCAUGGGUGAGGACACAUAUCUGCAAGAUGCUUUGCAGCUGGAUCAAGACCACAUGGAGGAGCUGUGAUGGAGCCAGGAUCUGAUUAGCCACCAGGAGCCUGUCCACUCAUUCCAUUCCAUACUAGAGCUACAUAAGGUCCAAUGAGCAAUGGUGCACCUCCUUUUAUGUAUGCAUUUACUUAUUAUUUUAAUAUUACUUUUAUUUUUUGGAAGGGUAAACCCAUCGACAGAACAAAAAUCAAAAGUUGUCCAAGCAUGAAUGAUGAAAAUUUUCCCUUCCAUCCUGGUCCCCCUAGCCAUUCAAGUCCUUCCUAAGGGGUUAUAAGGUUAUGUGUUUUGGGGUCUUCUUCACAAAGAUUUUAAGCAUAUGCAAACACACACACAUAAGCUUUUUUACACAAAUGGUAAUAGGUGUUAUUUAUACUGUUUUGCAUAUUGCUUUAUUCAUCAAUAUGGCUUCGAUGUUUUAUAUCAAGACAAAGCAUUUUUUUUUUCAUUCUUUUAUACAGCUGUGUAGUAUCCCAUUGUAUGGAAAGAUCAUGCUGUAUUUAACCAGUUUCUUUUCGGUAUAUUAUUUCCAACCUCUUGCAACUACAAACAAUGAUGAAUUAAUAAAUUGAAUAUAUGUAAUUUUUG